AUGUCUUAUUCCCCUGAAACAAGAUCGGACGAUUGGACAGACGAUUCGAAGAAUGGCCCUGCAAAAGACCAAGGUUACGAGGGCCCACCAGGAAUGGAACCUGGCGGAGCACUCGACACCAACUGGGAUGAAGUCGUGGAAAGCUUCGAUGACAUGAAUUUGAAAGAAGAAUUGUUGCGAGGAAUUUAUGCUUAUGGUUUUGAAAAGCCGUCUGCUAUACAGCAGCGUGCUAUAAUGCCAUGCAUCCAAGGUCGUGAUGUAAUUGCCCAAGCCCAGUCUGGAACUGGCAAAACAGCUACGUUUUCUAUUUCAAUUCUUCAACAAAUUGACACUAGUAUUCGUGAAUGUCAAGCACUUAUUUUGGCACCCACUAGAGAACUUGCCCAGCAAAUUCAAAAAGUGGUUAUAGCUCUCGGAGAUCACUUAAAUGCAAAAUGUCACGCUUGCAUUGGUGGCACUAAUGUACGUGAGGAUAUGCGCCAACUUGAGAGUGGUGUUCAUGUAGUGGUUGGAACACCUGGCCGUGUCUAUGAUAUGAUCACCCGUCGUGCUCUGAGAGCCCAUACAAUUAAACUGUUUGUGCUAGAUGAAGCUGAUGAAAUGUUGUCUAGAGGAUUCAAAGAUCAAAUCCAUGAUGUAUUUAAGAUGCUCUCGGCUGAUGUUCAAGUUAUAUUGCUAUCAGCUACUAUGCCUGAUGAUGUACUGGAAGUCUCUAGAUGUUUCAUGAGAGAUCCUGUUCGUAUCUUGGUACAGAAGGAAGAGCUUACCCUGGAAGGUAUUAAACAAUUCUUUAUUUCAAUUGAUCAAGAAGAGUGGAAGUUGGAUACCCUAUGUGACUUGUAUGAUACUCUCUCAAUUGCUCAAGCUGUAAUUUUCUGCAACACUCGUCGCAAGGUAGACUGGUUGACGGAAUCCAUGCACGAACGGGACUUCACGGUUUCCGCUAUGCACGGAGAUAUGGAGCAGCGCGAACGUGAAGUUAUUAUGAGACAAUUCCGUACUGGCUCCUCUCGAGUGCUGAUUACUACUGAUCUGCUGGCCCGUGGUAUUGAUGUGCAGCAAGUGUCAUGCGUCAUCAAUUACGAUCUGCCGACUAACCGUGAAAACUACAUUCAUAGGAUUGGAAGAGGCGGACGGUUCGGUCGUAAGGGGAUUGCUAUCAACUUUGUUACCGAAGCUGACAAGCGCGCGCUAAAAGAUAUUGAGGAGUUCUACCACACUACUAUUACUGAAAUGCCCAGUGAUGUGGCCAACCUUAUCUGA